ACCAUAGGCACCACCGUAAAUAUAGAAUCAGUUCUUAUUUCACUCUGCUCAAUGCAUCAAUGCGGAUAGGCGUUUCGUUGCAACAAUGCGGACCAUAGUUUUAUUGCUAGUUUUUGUUUUGCUUGUUCUAAGUUCUGUAGUUGUAGCGUAUAGUAACGAAUUUACCAUAACUGUUGAUCCUGGAAAAGAAGAUUGUUAUUAUACACCAGUCGCAAAAAACGUUUACCUGGAAGUUGACUAUCAAGUAAUUGAUGGCCAACAAGGAGAGUUAGAUAUUGACUUUCAUUUGACAUCACCUACGGGUAGGAGAAUAGUGAUGGAGUCGAGAAAAAGUGACAGCACACACAGGACCAAAACUUUUGAAGAUGGAGAUCACAAGAUCUGCUUUGAUAAUACAUUUUCAAUAUUCAGUGCCAAAACAGUCUUCUUUGAGAUCUCCACUGACAAUGAUGAUGAUGAAGAUGAUAAUGGAGAAAUUAAAAUAGACAAGAAAAAUAAUGAUGUGUGGGGAGACACAGACCAGGCAUUUUAUGCUGGCCUCAGACCUGAAGAAAUUUAUGAUAUACAUGUUCAAGAUAUUAAAGACACAGUUGCUACAGUCAGAGGAAAAUUAACAAGAGCUCAAGAAUUUCAGGAUCAAAUUAGAGCCUUUGAAGCUCGUGAUCGUAAUAUAGCCGAAGGCAAUUUUACUCGAGUAAAUUUCUGGUCAAUGAUACACGUAAUCACACUUGUCACAACCGGAAUUAUUCAAGUUGUAAUGGUUCGCAGCCUUUUUGACGAAAAAUCAACGCUUCGGCGUCUUUGGAAACAAGGAAAAAUGUGAAGCAGCCAACAUCGUUUCACUAGUCACCUGGUGCCAGUAAAGUCAAUAAACAAUUGAACUUCUUUGUAAA